AUGGAUAUAAAUCUUCAAAAUUUGCAUCCGGAGCUAAAAAUAGAGAUUUUCGCAUUAAUUCCAAAUAUUAAAAAUAUCUCUUUAACUUGUAAAGCAUGGGGUUCAAUUAGCAGAGACCCCCAUGCACUGGCGAAAUGGAUUAUAACUAAAUAUGGAAGGGCACAUGCUUUGUUUCACUCGAUUCGAAUUGGUAAAUUUUUAAAUAUAAAAGUUUUACACUCAUUAUUUGCUAAUGAUAUCAUCAUUUCUCGAUAUUUUAUACAAAGGUUAUUAAUGCAUUUUGGAAGAUAUGAUCCAGAUCUUAUUAAAUUAAAAAUUGAACAUAAUGAAAAUAUUCAAGAUAGAGAUAGAUUAAAUGAAUUAAAUAAGAAAAUUUGUAAAUCAUGGGCUUCAAAUUUAUCAAUAGACGUUUUCGUUGCGAUCGUGACGGAAGGCUUUUCUAGGUUUAACGAUGAUGUUCCUGUCAAAGGGAACGAUAUGGAAUUAUUUCAUUUCUUAUCAGCUGGUCCUUUGGUGAUUAGUCAAGCUGAAGUAAAAUUGAAAAGUAAUUUACCGUUAAUUGAAGAAUUAAUAAGUAAAAAGUUAUUUAUACCAUUUCCUCCUCGUCCUAAAUUAAAAUUUUCAGAUACGAUUGAAUAUGUAAGUCAAGCGCAAGCUUUAGCACGUGAGGAUUAUCCUGCCCCUGAUGGUCAUGAAAAUAAUAGACAACUUAACGUAAUAGCGAGAGCAAUAUUAAUAUAUCCACCGUUAGUUAAAUCAUGGAAAGAUAUAGGCUAUAUUGAAAUCUGUACGGACGUUAAUGAUUUAGUAUUACAAGGUGCUUUGUUAAUAUUUUUUCCGCCAAGCCCACCAUCCAAUUAUUGUCUUCCAACAGUUGAGGUUGUUAUAAAUAGAUUAAAUGAAUUAAUAGAUUUAGGCUUUCAAUUAUCGACUACUGUAAUGGCAGAUGCUUUUCAUAUUUUUGAAAUUAAACUUGACAAAAUUGGAGAUAUAUUGAUUACCGCAUUCCAUCAAGUUUGUAAUAAAUCACGUUCUGAUAUCGCAUCUUUAUGUUUAAGAGAAAUUGUUAAGCCAGUUAAAAAUCUUAAAAAAAUGAAUGUGAUGCAAUUUUUAAUAAAACAUAUCGAAAAAACGAAUCAAAUGGAAGUAAUUAAAGAAAUCUUAGAACAUUAUAACGUGGGAAAAGACUUAUUAAAUAGACUAAUUAGAUCUCAAGGAGUUUUAUCACUUACAUUAUGUGGAUUAUUUUAUAAAUGGAUAUUAAUAGAAUUUGGAAAUAACAAAGAUAUAACAAUACAAUGUUUUGAAGAUAUAAUUAUUUCUCGAAUUUGGAUAGAUAUUCAAUUAAAUAAAUAUCCAAGUCAUAAAUAUCCACCAGAGAUGACUAAAUGCGCAUUUACUGCUAUUUGUGAAAUUUAUAAAGUAUUUUGUCAAGCCCAAGUACCGUUCAAAACGAAUCAUUUGGAAAUCAUACAUAGAGCAUAUACAUCAGAAAUUAUUACACCAUUUUUUGA